AUGGACGUGGGUAUCGGACCAGAACAAAAUCAGCAUUUGUACAGUGCCUCAUGUGGUUACUGUUCCUGUCAUCUCGAUGAAGACUGUCUACAUCCCGUCGACAAGUUGCAAUCGGACAAUGACACGCCCUUCCAAUACAACUAUCUUAUGGGGUUAUUCUCUUCACCUGACAUGGUCACUUAUCUGAGUGAAUCGAGUAUGAACGAGGACAUUUAUGCAUUACCGAUACAUUUACAACGACUAUUGAGUGAAGCCAAGGAAGAAGUAGUAUUGAAACGAAUCCAUAAGGAGCAAGACCGCCCAUCAAACGACCAGCCACCCCUUGUGGCGCUCACUCGUCUAUCGCGAGUACGCAAUUAUCUACGAAUACAAUCGGGAGGUGAUAUGGCCAAUAUGAUGUACGCACUUGUUGAACUUAUGAGUGAUGAAGAUGAGCUUGAGAACGUUUUGGGCUUCUGA